AUGUGCGUGACGUGGAAAGGUCAAUUUGGUAAAGUAUUAGGGUUGGAAUGGGAUAGCGUCGGGGACGUAAUAAUAUUCGAUUUCGAAAAUUUGAGUGCGAAAGCGGAAAACACGGAACCGACGAAGAGAAAUGUGUUGAGUCUGUUGAGUCCUACGAUUGUUAAAGCUAAAAUUCUCUUUCAAGAUAUUUGUUACAGUGGCGUGGAUUGGGACGAUACAUUGCCUAAAAGUGUGAAAGAGAAGUGGGAGAAGUGGUUGAGAGAUCUAAAGGAGGUAAAGAGUGUUUCAAUAGGCAGGUAUUCGAGCGGCGUGACUGACACAUCUGGCUCAGAAUCAAAGCAGAGAUAUUUUUUGCAUGGAUUUGGGGAUGCGUCAAAGCGAGCUUAUUGUGCGGUUGUGUAUCUAGUAGUUUUGAACGGUAACGAUGUUCGUGUUAAGUUGAUUGCCAGCAAAACAAGAGUAGCCCCGAUGAAAGAACUUAGUAUUCCGCGGUUAGAAUUAAUGGCAGCUAGAAUAUUGGCUCAUUUAAUGUCUGCAGUCAGGAAAGCGUUAGAGUCAGAGUAUAAUUUUGAGGGCGUUAAGUAUUGGACUGAUAGUAUGACUGUUUUGUAUUGGAUAGUCAACUCAGGCAAUUGGAAGCAAUUUGUUCAGCAUAAAGUUGACGAAAUAUUAAGGCUUAGUUCAAAAACAGAGUGGAGUCAUUGUCCGGGUAAGGAAAACCCUGCAGAUUUAGGGUCGCGAGGGGUCUUGAUGACUGAGUUAAAGAACGCGGAGGUUUGGUGGUCAGGACCGUCUUGGUUGCGGGGUAGUCCAAGGCAUUAUCCUAUGGUGAAGGAGAUAGUUCCCACAGUAGACAGCAAGGUUGAAGAGAAAAGGUCAUUUGUUGUUAACCUAAUCAUAAGUGCAAGGUCAUUGUUUGGAAUUGGCAAUGUCAUUAGCAUAAGUAAAUACAGCACACUUACACGGCUGUUAAGAGUCACUGCGUGGGUGAAGAGAUUCGUCUAUAAUUUGAAAUAA